AGCCGCCUCGCCCCAGCCCCCGCGGCCCGCGCCUCCCGCCCCGGGCUCCUCGCCCCGGGGACAGCUGGCAGCCCCGCGCGGGACCAGACACAAAGCCGAUCAAUCCCGGUGGCGCGGGGGCGGGGGGACGCCCGCCAGGGCUUCCCUUCCGCUCCUCGCCGCCUCCGGCCCCCUCAUUAGGACCCAGCCCACACCUCGUCCGGCGUCCACGGCCCUCCCCCCUCCCACCCCUCACGGCACAAAAGGAACAGCCCAGGCCCCCCCAGCCCGGGACGGGCCAGACCUGCCCCUAGGCGGCCAGCUGAGAAGGCGCCCCCGGCGGGGGGAAACUGACAUCCAUCAGGGUCCGCCCACCGCUCCCCUCCUCUCCGCGGAGCGAGUCUCUCCUCCUCGCCUGCCCCAGAAGUUCGGGGGCCCCGCGCCCGGCCUCCCGCGCUCCGGCCGCCGGGACCCUCGGCCUCCGAGGAGCAGCCAGCUCGGACCCCGGGAAGAUGGCGAGGAGGAGCCGCCACCGCCUCCUCCUGCUGCUGCUGCGCUACCUGGUGGUCGCGCUGGGCUAUCAUAAGGCCUAUGGAUUCUCUGCCCCAAAAGACCAUCAAGUGGUCACAGCAAUAGAAUAUCAAGAGGUUAUUUUAGCCUGUAAAUCCCCAAAGAAGACCAUUUCCUCCAGAUUAGAGUGGAAGAAACUGGGCCGGAGUGUGUCCUUUGUCUACUACCAACAGGCUCUUCAAGGUGAUUUUAAAGAUCGAGCCGAGAUGAUAGAUUUCAGUAUACGGAUCAAAAAUGUUACAAGAACCGAUGCUGGGAAAUAUCGCUGUGAAGUUAGUGCCCCAUCUGAGCAAGGCCAGAACCUGGAAGAAGAUACGGUCACUCUAGAAGUCCUAGUGGCUCCAGCAGUUCCAACCUGUGAAGUACCCAGUUCUGCUCUGAGUGGAACGGUGGUAGAGCUUCGAUGUCAAGACAAAGAAGGGAAUCCCGCCCCUGAGUACACCUGGUUUAAAGAUGGCAUCCCUUUGUCAGAGAAUACAAAACUUGGCUCCCAAAGCACCAACAGCUCCUAUACAGUGAAUACAAAAUCUGGAACUCUGCAAUUUAACACUGUUUCAAAACUAGACAGUGGAGAGUAUUCCUGUGAAGCCCGUAAUUCUGUUGGACAUCGCAGGUGUCCGGGGAAGCGAAUGCAAGUAGAUGAUCUCAACAUAAGUGGCAUCAUAGCAGCUGUAGUAGUCGUGGCCUUAGUGAUUUCUGUUUGUGGCCUUGGCGUGUGCUAUGCUCAGAGGAAAGGCUACUUUUCAAAAGAGACCUCGUUCCAGAAGAGUAGUUCUGCAUCUAAAGCCACCACAAUAAGUGAAAAUGAUUUCAAGCAUACAAAAUCCUUUAUAAUUUAAAAGAAGUCCACCUUUGAGAUACGCCAAAACCACAGUUGUUACACAAGUUAUUAAAAGAUUGUAAAACUCUGCUUUGUCUUACAUUUGCAAAGAGGUACAUGAGAUGAAGU